GAAACUGUCUAGCCGUCUCGCCUCUUAAUUCUCCGGAUAUGGACGGGUGAACUUCCGCUCCCUUCCUUCUUUCACUCUCCUCUGUUUCUCUCGCUCCCUAUUCCCGGCUCGGCGGCCGUUGAUUGCUGCAAUAAGGAAGCAAGAUGGCGGCGGGUGGAGAGUGCGACGUGAUUAUGACGCCCGCGGCGGCAGCACCCAUGGUGGCUUCACACCCUGAGGCACCGGCGAUGUUGAGCGACGACGACGAGGACACAGGAACGCGCAGAGAAGCAGAGUCUUUCAAGGAACAAGGAAAUGCCUUUUACGCCAAGAAAGACUACAAUGAAGCAUUCAACUACUACACAAAAGCCAUAGAUGCAUGCCCCAGCAAUGCCAGUUACUAUGGGAACCGAGCUGCCACACUCAUGAUGAUAGGCAAAUUCCGGGAGGCACUGGGGGAUGCCCAGCAGUCUGUCAGGAUGGAUGACAGCUUUGUGCGGGGACACCUACGGGAGGGAAAGUGCCACCUAUCACUGGGGAAUGCCAUGGCUGCCAGUCGAUGCUUCCAGCGAGUUCUAGAACUGGAUCAUAAGAACACACAGGCUCAGCAAGAGCUGAACAAUGCCAGAACUGUCUUAGAGUAUGAGAAAAUUGCUGAAACUGACUUUGAGAAACGGGAUUUCCGAAAGGAGAAUAGCCCGGAGUCAGGCCUCUGCCUGUACAGACUCUAUGCAUGGAGUUCCCACCUUGCAUCUUCCUUGUGGACAGGAUUGUCAGCCAGAUGUGUAGUCUUUUGCAUGGAUCGUGCACUGGAAUUUGCCCCCGCUUGCCACCGGUUCAAAAUCCUCAAAGCAGAAUGCUUAGCGUUGCUGGGUCGCUAUCCCGAAGCACAGUCUGUUGCCAGUGACAUCUUGCGAAUAGACUCCACAAAUGCUGAUGCCCUCUAUGUCCGAGGGCUUUGCCUUUACUAUGAAGACUGCAUCGAGAAGGCUGUGCAGUUCUUCAUCCAGGCACUCAAAAUGGCUCCUGACCAUGACAAGGCCUGUCUCGCCUGUCGUAAUGCCAAAGCGUUGAAAGCAAAGAAGGACGAUGGAAACAAGGCCUUCAAGGAAGGGAAUUACAAGCUAGCCUUCGACCUUUAUACAGAGGCCCUUGCAAUAGACCCAAAUAACAGGAAAACAAAUGCCAAACUCUACUGCAACCGCGGGACAGUUAAUGCAAAGCUUAGGAAGCUAGAUGAAGCGAUAGAAGACUGCACGAGUGCCAUCAAACUGGACGAUACAUACAUCAAAGCCUACCUGAGGAGAGCACAGUGUUACAUGGACACAGAGCAAUAUGAAGAUGCCGUGAGGGAUUAUGAAAAGGUUUACCAGACAGAGAAAACAAAAGAACACAAGCAGCUCCUUAAGAAUGCACAGUUGGAACUGAAGAAAAGCAAGAGGAAAGACUAUUACAAGAUUCUUGGUGUGGACAAGAAUGCCUCUGAAGAUGAGAUCAAAAAGGCGUAUCGGAAGCGAGCCCUGAUGCAUCACCCAGAUCGGCACAGUGGUGCAAGUGCUGAAGUCCAGAAAGAGGAAGAGAAGAAAUUCAAAGAGGUUGGUGAAGCCUUCACUAUCCUCUCUGAUCCAAAGAAGAAAGCCCGUUACGACAGUGGGCAGGAUCUAGAGGAAGAUGGCAUGAAUAUGGGAGAUUUCGAUGCUAAUAAUAUCUUCAAGGCUUUCUUUGGCGGGCCAGGGGGUUUUAGCUUUGAAGCUUCUGGACCAGGGAAUUUCUUUUUUCAAUUUGGCUAAACUGCAGAAGAGGUCCGUCUCCUCUACUGAAACCCACCUACUUUAUCAGACCUGCUUCUUUUAACCUUGAGUUACGUUCCCCCUUCAUCACACCUCGCCGUUUCUUAGGGCUGUGGCGUUUUCUCUGUUGGAGACCUCCGUUUUUGUGUGCGUGCUUUAGAGUGUAACGAGAAAACCAACGCUUGGAGAAGGGGGAGGGGGCAGCAAAGGAAUGCUUUUUUGUUGUUUGUUUUAUUGUUAACUUUAUUAAAAAAAGAGAGAAAUAAAAAAAGAUUCCUCCAUGAUAAAUAAUUUCAGACUCCCAAAGCUGCUGGGAUUGAACUGGGGGAAUUCCUCACCUUCUGAGACAGGCCUGAGACUUUUCUCAAGUUCAGCUGAACAAGACAUGCCUUCAUAUUUAUGUAAGUAAGAGGAACCUAAUGAGGGGUUUUCAUGCUUUGGUUCCAUCAUCCUGGCCGUAGCCACAGUAAACUGUAUACACAAAGAUACUCACACACUUGAGAAACCCAGGCAAAUGCUGACGUUCACAUGAUUGCUAUCAGAGAUUCAUCUUUGGAAUAAGGAGACACACACACCCUUCUCAGAACCUGUUGUAAUACCUCCAAAGAGUCUUGUUGUUUGGGGAAAGUUUCUUUGUUUUCUAAUUUCUUGAGUACUUCAAGGGAAAUAGCAAGGGCUGAUUUCACACAUGGAUGCUUGUCGUUUGAUAACCCCCUAGCUCAGCAUGUAAAGCUGACUCUAUUGAAAAGUGUAUGGUGCCUGAAGUGAUUGUCAGGUGUUGAGAAAAAUCUGCACAUGUGUGGUGUUGGAUCUGCGGUGGCCAUUUUCACACAUGCAAACCAUCACUUGAUGUCACAAUCACAGUUUAUAUAUGCACGUGCAAAUCCACCCUAAGUGUUGGAACCUGUUCUUUAACAAAUGGUUGGGAUUUUCAAAAUGCAUUUUUGGUUGGGAAGGGAUUUCUCAGAAUUGUCUGACAACAUUUUCUACCUUGAAAAAUCAGCAAGCAUUUGGGGGGUAGGGAAGGACUUCCAUUUCUACUGGGCAGCCGUGACAGCAUGCUGUAAAGGUGCUUGCUAUCUCCAAGUACAAAUCUUUGUGGUACGAGCAGAGUUCAAAAUAUUCUGCAUACAUCUUUGUAGUAGUGGAAUCUCAGAUUUUGCUCAAAGCUGAGCUGUGAACCUAAUUGAUGGUUGUUCUACAAGAUGACAAUUUGCAGUUGAAAUAGUAACAACCAGCCACCCUGGAAUUGCUGGCUGGCUUGUUUUGUGUGCGUGUUAUCCAUGCAGUUAUUAAUGUGAAUAUUGGCCACACCAAGUAACUGUUUCCUACAUAGCACCUCCUUGUUUGCUGCACAAUUGGCUCACUCCUUUUCUCCAUGGGAGCAAGCCAUCAUGAGGAGACAUUUGUCCCCUCCCCCUCCAGUUUGUGAGCUAUUUUUACAGUAGCUUGCAGUUUUCACCAUCCUCUGGAAUGUUGAUCAGUGACAUUUUAAUUUACUGGUCCAUCAUAAGGCAUCGUCUUAGGAGGUGUCCAGAAUGUGGCCUUGGAGUCAUCUUCUACUUUUGAAGCAGUUCACCUGCUGCUCCUGGCAAAUGAAGGAAGAGUUAACAGCAGAUUUGAUCUUGGCCCCUUGUUCCCGCCCCCCAUCCUCACACUGAAGAUUGGGAGAAGAAUCUCUGGUUGUGGAGGUGUAAUAUAUAGGGGAAGCCCAAAUGUUGCGGGCUAGCCUGAAGAGACUAAAGAAGAAAGUAUCAGAAAAGAAGAGAAAGAUCUAGGGAUCUCAGCUAAAUGGAGAUCCUUUCAUAUUGGUACCUGGAUCAGGGAAUGUCAUCUCUCUCUGAUUUAGGCCUGCAUCAUGCAAAUUUCACUGAUGGAAUGUGUUUCAUGAGCUGAGUAUACACAUCCUGGAGUAAAUCAGGUGGUGUUUGGCUUGUGUGUAUGUUCUCCCAAUAUUAAUCCCAAAAUAUAGUUGUGUUCAAAAACUGACAGUAAAAAAUAUGAAGCCACAAAAUCGUUCUUCGUAAUUGCCUUAUGCUGAAGGAAAUUAUACAGGCACAAUGUCAUCUUCAAUGGCCUGCUGCUAUCAUACACAUGCAAAAGCAAGACUGAAACAUCUUAUGAAGCAUUUUCCUUCUUAGAUGCCUUGGCAGAUUGAAAUUCCUCUGUCUAUAUAGACUGAAAAUUAGACUUCCAAGAGCGUUAAAAAAUUUUCAGUGGGUGGCUGACUAGCUCCUCUGGACAGCUCUACAGAUGGGAAUCUUAUUAAAGCUAUUUUAAGAAGUCAUUUUCUUCAUGCCUCCAAGCAUUUCAAAUCCUUUGUGAUCCAAAAGCUUAUGGCACGAAGAAGUUUCUGGAACUUGCCGUUGAUUGUAAAGCUGGAAGCUGGUGAGUGCCGAUUUCAACACCCAACUAUUUCUGCAAUGUUUUGUCUUUUUACUAUGUGUUUCUAUCUGAAAGUCUGCCUCUAUUCCACUAAGGAGUCACAUAGAUUUUGACUUCUGUUGUGUUAAAGUAGCAAGCCAAACUGUAGGAUCUGCUUUUUAAAAUCUCCACUCCUAAUGUGACAUUUUAAACUUUGCACUUAACUCUUCGUCAUUGGCUUUCAUUUUUGAAUUAUUGAUGCUGUAUUUAAGAGCUACAAGAAAGGUGUAUUGCUGAUGGGCCCAUGGGUUCUCCCUCCCCACCUGUGGGAGGCCUGGCCAUGUACAUCUGCAGCAGAAUGACGUGGUGGAAUCAAGAUUGACUGCAGGUGGGGAUUGCAUUUCUGAAUGCUCUCUUAUGUGAACAAUUCCCUCGGCUUGAGCUUCUUCUCCUUCUGUACUAGCUUUUUUUAUAUAUAAGCAUUCAAAGAUGGCAUGCCAACCUGCAAUCUGAAAUGGGCUCAGCAGCAGCUACGGCAUUCUGCUGCGUAUGUAGACCAAGCCUAAGUAAGGAAACGAGGUGAGAGAAAAAUGAGACUUUUUUCAGGCAGAGCGCCAGGGCAGUUUCCACCUUACUUGUGAGCCAUUAGUCUAGGGGCAAAGUAUUCUAGUGCCUCAGUGUUUUCCAGUUCUGUUACCUUGCCCCCUUUUAUUUCUUUGUACACUGCCUGAUCAUCUUUCCUUGCAUGCACUGCAUCCUUUUUGGAAUACCUGAGAGAAGGACAGAUAAACCAGUGUUGAAGCCUUUUGGAGUGAGGCCAUUUAGCUAGAAACUCUGAUUUACCUCAGUGCAAAGAUCUAGUAAAAUGUUUGUUGCAUGAUCUCUUUUAGAACAGCACCCCACCUCUGCAUCUCUCCUGAGGAUGGCUUCAUCCCCACUUGACCCCCUCACCUUUCUAAAAUGAAGAUUAUUAAAGGAGAACAAAAAUUGGUGACUAUUUGUUAGGCAGGAUUCAUGAUGUGUUUAUAUGCAGAAAAUUUCAAACCAGACUGAAGCAAAAACCGUAUGCAAUUGAUAUUAACUUUAUUAUAAACUGUAUAUGAUGUACAAAUAAACACUCCAGAUCUCA